AUGACGAGAACCGGCCCUUCAAAUAGUCACAUCUCGUGGGAAACCAAGAGCAUUAUUCCAGAGGAUGGCAGCAGAAUCGACUCGGGCGCGUGCCAAGAUACGAGGCCGAAAGGGCGUAUUCGACGAUCAAUGACGGCUUGUAAUACUUGUCGCAAGCUCAAGACUCGCUGUGACGUUGAUCCCCGUGGUCAUGCUUGUCGUCGCUGUUUAUCUCUUAGACUUGAAUGCGAGCUCCCCGAGACAACAGAGCGAUUCCAGGACAAUGCAUCCACCUGGUCGGACGCGACCGCUAUACCAUCAAUCGAGGAACGGCUUGUCUCUCUUGAACGAGGCAUGGGGGAGAUGAUACAUCUGAUGCGGCAGAUGGUGAACCGCUCCCCCAGCAUGCCCUGCAGCCCAACCAUACAAACUAGAAACAACAGUCUAGACGGAGCAUCUUCGAGUGAUAGCAUGUCCUCAUCUUUUUAUCCGCUCAAGCCAGCGCAAAUAAUUCGGGACCUGCAAGCCGAAUGUUUCGGCGAGAGAGAUCACUUCUCCGAUGCCGACAUCCUCGGAGACAUCGUCACCCAGGGCAUCGUAGAUUCCAAGCUCUCCGUGAAAUUGAUUGAACUUUUCGUCGAAUAUUUCGGCCACUGGGUCUCAAUAAAUCAUUCCUCCAGCAUUCAACGGUCAAAUACACUCCUUUUCAACACUGCGUGUCUUCUGGCUUCGCGAUAUCUGCCGGGUCUAUCACAACACACCGUCCGCGAUAUAUCACUUUGUGUCCAACAUGCCGUGGCGAAGGUGUUGUGGAAGCCCCCGCCCAUGACAAGCGACAUGCUGCAGGCCUUGACACUACUUUGUCUAUACUCUACUUCCGUUCAUAAAGAAGGACUGAUGGAUGACUGGUUGCUGAGCGGGAUCUCGAUCAACCAUGCCCUCAUCUCCUUUAACUUCCUCAAUACCUUGCCAGGAGACAGCUUAAAUCCAGACGAGCUACUUGCUCAGUUGCGUCUGUGGAACACACUCUGCGCAACCCAGCUACACUCUGCCCUUGCAAACGGCCGCGCCGUCAACAUCCAACAACAAUACAUCAAUCAAUGCCCCCGCAUCCUAGAACACGCAGCCGCCACACCAGAAGACGGAAGAAUCGUCGCCGAAAUCCAACUAUACCGCAUCGCUCUCCGCCUUCAACACACCCAGCACCGCAUCCAAUUCGCAGAAACCGAAUACGAAGAACUGGAGCGCUGGAAAAUGGAAUGGGCCCAUCUCCUAACCACUAGCGAAGACUCAACUCUCAACCUAAACCUCUGGUUCUGCCAGCUCCUCCUCUACCGAACAGCCGCCCGCCUCCAACCGGACAGCGAGCGCCUCCUCCCAGAAAUUUGCGGCACGGCCCGCCUAAUAAUAACCCAAUUCCUCCAAACGCGCUUCACCACCGCACCCGCUCUCAUUGACCACGUCUACUUCAUUGUCGGCUACGCCGCGCUCACGCUCUGCGACUACACACUCACCGACCCACUAAUCAGCCAAGUCCGCGGCUUCCUACUGCACCUCGCCCCGGGCGGCGACAACCUCUCAUAUCGGAUCGCGUGCAUUGUCGGCGAAGUGCAGCGGCGGUAUUCGGAGACGAGUACCGUUGUCGCUGCGGGGUCGCAUUCGUCGUCUCCAGUUGCCGAGGUCAAGGGCGUGCAGAUGUUUGGUGCAUCGCAACAUCAUCGUUCUGGCAUGGAUAUCUCCCAGCUCAUGUCUAGCGCUGAGGGCUUGGAUUCCCUUGUUGAGGGGUAUAAUUGUCUUGAACAGAUGAUGCCUGGGUAUACGGCUUCGCAGCCUGCGUUUGAGGCGCCGGAUUUGUUCCAUUCUCCGACGACUGGUACUACUGGUGGAGCUAUGCCUAUUGGUCUAGUGCCGAGGGCUCUGCAUGAUUGGUGA